AUGCUCGCCUCCAAGCUCCGCCUGAUUACUACCUUUCUAGCCUUGGGCAUUGCACUACUCUGCGCGCGUUUGCCUUCCAGCAUGUCUGCCACCGCAAGCUCUGUGCCUGCUGGUACACCUUGGGCUGACGGCCCAUUGCCCCUCAUUGAGACGCCCCAGUAUGCAACGAAGAAGGACGACAUUUGGACCAAGGGCGCCACGCACAUGGCCCUUCUGCACAACGCUAUUCUCCGCGGUUUCAACACCGUCUAUUUGCAAGCGCCGCACAUCAAGGACGUCGACAAGGCGGAUUUCGUCGGAUACAGUCUCGCGUGGUUCAGAUUCGUAAAGAGCCACCACGACGAUGAAGAAGCCGAGCUUUUCCCCAAGGUCGAGGAAGUGCUGAAGGAGAAGGGUAUCUGGGAAGAGACGCACAAAGAGCACGAGUCCUUCCUGGAGGGUCUCGGUGCCUUCAACACCUACCUGACAUCCCUGUCGUCGCCCGCGGCCUUUGAUGGCAAGGAACUCGUCCGCAUAAUGGACACAUUUCGCGAGCCCUUCAACGACCACUUCCACUCCGAGAUCAAGACGAUCGCAUCAUUCGCAAACCUCCCCACCGCGCCCGCGCCCGACAGCCCGGAAGCUGAGAAUGCAACGGCCACAUUCAAGGUCUGGGGCAAGAAGACGCUGACGAAGGCGGGCAUGACGGACGUGGUUCCGUUCUGCCUGCUGAAUUUGGACCGGACAUACGAGGAGGGGAUGUGGGCGACAUGGCCGCCGAUGCCUGGCCCCAUCCGGUGGAUGAUGGUGAACGUGUUCGGAAGCUGGAACUGGGGCUGGUGGCGGUUUAGCAGCUGCGAUGGCAAUGGCAACCCGCAGCCUUUGUAUGCUCUCCAGGGCGACCAAGGGGCCGAGAAGAAGGAGGAGCUGUAA